AUGAGGUAUCCAUACUCAUGUUUAACGCUGCUCUUCUCCAACCCUCGAAUUUCUAGCGAUGUUGCUGGGCUCCUUAAGCACUUGGGACGCUUUUUCAUUGAGAAUCGGUCACCUCCAAUUGCAAGUUUGAUCAUAAGCGACCAACAUUCCCGUCUUAGCAACGCAACGGCGAUGCCCUCCAUCAUCUUUACCAUGUUCAGCUUAGGAAGGCAUGUCUGGCUUCAAUUGUCCUGGCUCAUCUUCGCCGCUCAUAUCUUGACAAAUUGGACUGACUCACAAACUGUUUUGGGUGUGAGGACCCCACUCCCUGCAAACGAACGCAGUCGACAAAGCCUUGGUGUUGGCAGCUCCAGUUAUGAAGGACCUUCGCCAAUGCCCUCGACGUAUUCAAUAAUCGAGUCCUCGCAGCGUCUUUGCUACAAUGUCUCUUUUGACUUGUUGAAACUUCAGCCUCUACAGCUGCCGAGCAAAAGGAAACGACCCUCCGACGACCGUGAACAGUCAAGUACAAGUGUUGUUGCUCACUCAGCGGAUUGUUCUACAGCUUGCACCGAUCAGAUCAAUAGUUAUAUUCGAAAUUGGUGUGCAGCUCAGUCUGCAUUCACAGCUGCUUCUGCCUCUUGCAUCCGAGCGCAGAAAUUCCGCAUCAUACGAAAGUCUUACAUUGAUCAUUCUGCUGGCAAAUCCUGCUCAAAGCCAGGAUGUAACUUUGCUGAGAUAGACGCAACUUGCGCCUGUGAACUGUCUCUUGGGUUUGAUUGGAUCCACAUGCCGUUGAAGAAGUACGACAAAAAGUCCUAUCAUGUUCAUCCAGAGGCUGAAUCCGACUGGAAGCUUUAUGGAGGAGCGAACACCUUUCGUUGCUCUGUCUCUUGGAUUCAAGAUAGGCUCAAGCUUGAUGGCUGGCAAGCAAAAAGUCAUACGUUGUACAAUGUUCUGAUCCCUUGCGGAAAAGAUCCUGUGCUACAGGAAGGCUGUACGUGCUACCCAGAAGAUUACAGGCGCGGGCUGGAACAAUGUCUAAGACACACUAUUGAUGCUAAACCUUGUUACGGCCCACAGUCCUCUGAGGUGCUCGGCUGUCUGCGAUUGAGCUUGCAAGACUGGCAGAAUCUCUACAAUUCAUGGGAGUCUCAUUGUGACUGGUGUCCAAACUGGCCACUUGAGUUGUGGUGA